AUGGCAUUUGUGGAGAGGUGGCGGCCACACACCAACACUUUUCACAUGCCUUUUGGAGAGAUGACCAUCAUGCUCUACGACAUUGCAGUGCUGCUCGGGAUUCAAGUCGAUGUACAUAUGGUUGUAGGGAAUGAGAGUGUGAAAGCACAGUUGUGUGAGAUGCUGAGGGUCGCACAAUUGAGUUAA